AUGUCUAAUUCAGCGAAUCCUUUUACACCAAAUCAACAAUCUAUGCUUCAAGGCUCACGUCGUGGUGCCCGACCUGGUUCUGUGCCUCUUGGAAAUGCCUCGGGGUCUGGCGUUGGAGCAGAUUUGGUUCGUUCUGUUGGCUUACAAGUGGCUCCUACAAUUUCUGGAUCCAACUCUCAGUACUCUUGGGCGUCUGGUGCUUCCUUCAAUUUGCGGUAUUGGCCCGAAGCAGUGAAUUCUUCGAUUGAGAAAGUUCCUGCGGCACGUAAGGGAGCGAAACUGGCUCCUAUUGCUGGUGAAUCUUCGAAAUGUAAUCAGUGUAAAGGACGUAAUGACCACAGUAAUACGUGUGCUUUUGGGUGUAUUACCCUUGGACAGAUCCCAACAGGCGCUUGCGCCGAAUGUAUCGCUAUGGGGACAAGCAAUCGGUAUGAUCGUACUUUGUUCACGAGUUUGAGAGAAGAACUUGGAAUUGUAAAGGGCCUCGAACAACAGGUAGAAUUGGCUGUAAAACAUAACUAUACUUUGCCUGAAAUCGGUUUGUUGUCACAAGUACAAGGUAUCCGUGAACGUUUGUCUACUUUGAUUGCAACCUACUCGCCUGAUAUGGCUCCCGAAGACGCUACCGCGAACGAUACUCCUCGCAAACGUAAACGUGCAGCAAGCGAUGAAGUCGCGAUCGGUGGCCGCAUGAGUCACAAUUUCGCUGCAUUCGGUUAUCGACAUGAUACCCGGACGGGACCUAGGACCCCCGUCCGGACUGACUCAGGUGAUGAAUCGGGAUCAAAGGUGAACUUGACAAGGGCCGUGGUGGACAUACGUUCGGAAAUGACGGCACCGAUCUGGGUUUUCCAGGGUAUAGUCAAGGCUGUGAAAGUUGGUUCAGUCAGAAUUGACCAUGAGGGGAGGGCGAUUGUCACUAGGAAGAAGACACGUAAGAACAUUGGGAGAAAAGUGAUAGCACAGGUGGAACGUCUUUUGACAUAUGUUUGGUCACGAUUUAUCCAUAUAAAGGUCCGACUAGUGGUGGUAACUUCGCUCAAUUGCACUCUCGUGUUCUACGUUGACGACUACUGUAUACAAGUCAGUGACUUGUACAAAACAAAUGACGGUACCAUGGAAAAUCCGUGGAUUCUUUUUGUCAGUGAAGGUGACCUCGACCUUCCGACUGGCUACCUGGGAGGUGGAGUUGAACUUCAUACGUUGGACCCCACACGAGACCUCCGGUUUGACAAAUUAUCGACUAUGGGCGAGCUGGGCCGGUGGGGAGAAAGCAUGACCUCAAAAGCUUGUACUAUCGGGGAGAACGUGACGGUCAAAGAACUGGGACCUCCCUCUCUGUAUGUUCAUAUACCGAAAGAAUACAACUUCGAGCGAGUUAGGAGACCCGAUGUGGGACAUUCUUUGUUACGAGCUAGGCGAUGGCCAAAUUUAUUACAUGGGCCUGUGUCAUAUCACCUUCUCACUGCUGACCUCCCCAUCCUUAUCUCUCCUGAGAUAUCGAUCAACAAAUCGUGUCCAUUUCCUACCCUUCGAGACUCGGCCCGAUCACCCUCUACAAUAGGUGUCACCGAACAAUCACCCCUGAAUCAUACUUCUGCCUCCCCUUCAUGUGUCUUCAUACCUCAAAGCAUCGUUUUAGGAGAACCUUUAUCGUGGGGAGCUAUGUGGGAUGUUUUUCGUAUCACAUCUCCCCCGGACCAACCACCAUUGCCUUUUCCGAUGGUAGCCAAGAUCGUCGCUCCCGAAGCGUUUGAAGUCACACCAAGACCUCACUUCGCUCCUCGAUUUUCAGACUUCGUACGUGGCGGUACCAGCCAACGUCAAAUGAGACAAAGUGUCAAAAGCGAGUUGGGUGUAUAUACUCAAUUGAACAAUCUCACACCACCUGUCAUCCCCCGGGUUUUGGGUUUAUGGGGUGGGACACAAAGAGGUCAAGAAGUAUGGGUGAUGAUUAUGGAAGAUGCCGGAGAGGGGUUAUCACAACGAGGUAUCCAACAACUCAGUGAGGCGGAUAAGGAUGCUAUACGGUCGUUAUAUAGACGUAUACACCAAUCUGGAUUCCUUCAUGGUGAUGUACAAAAUCGACACAUUUGCCGACCGAAAAGAUCGUCGGAUCCAACCGCGUUCCGGUUGAUUGAUUUUGAUAGGGGGAGGCUGCAUGGUGAGCUGUCGGAAGAGGAAUGGGAGAGAGAACUUGAGAAGGAGAAGGAAGCGGUAGAGAGCCUGCUUUCACAAGUGUAUCUGUCCCCUACCUCAUCGAUAGCAUCUUAG